UGUAAGUUAUCAUGUGACUGCAGUGAGUAGAAAACAGAGUUGCUGACCUGUUCCUGCCUGGGGCAGCCCGCCAGCCCCAUGGCCCAGAGCGUGCUCUACGCUGACCUGAGAUUUGCCAAGGGGCCAGGGGGCCACGGCACAGCCAGCCAGCUGCUGGAGGCAGCCAGCUCAGACGACACAGACAGCCCCUAUGAAAAUGUUAUACCAGGAUCAGCACCCACGGGGACAGCAGGGGAAGGGACCCAGCACAGCCCAAGGCAGUGGUCCUGGAGGCGCUGUGUCCCCGCGGGGCUGCUGGCAGCCAGCCUGCUGCUGUUGGUGGCCCUGGUGGCCGUGGGGACCUGCUACUGGCAGGUGACCCGCCAGCUGCAGAACAUAUCCCUGGAGCAGGCGGCCGAGCGCAGCCACUUCUCACAGGAGGCACAGGUGUGGGAGCAGAGCCUGGAGCAGGCACAGCAGGAGCUGGCACAGGUGCAGGAGGAGCUCCAGCAAGCAUGGCAGGAGGGCAACAGCAGCCAGCAGGAGCUGGCAAGGAGGGAGGCCGAGCUGGUGCGUGUCUCGGGAGUCCUGGAUGCGACCCAGAAGGAGCUGCAGGAUGUGCAGGAGAAGCUCAGUGCCAGUGAGCAGGCAGCAAGCAGCCUGCGUGUCUGCCUGAAUGCCGACUGCUGCCCCUCGGGCUGGCUGCUCUACCAUGGCAAGUGCCUCUUCAUCUCGGCACUGAAGAAGAGCUGGUGGGACGGCCAUUGGGAUUGUGUGGGGAAAUCCUCCCAGCUGCUGGUCCAAGGCGGAUGGGAGUCGUGGAUGCUGCCGCAUUUUCUGCAAGCAGAUGGUGCCAAGUACUGGGUUGGAGGAAGAUAUCAAUGGUAUUCAGAUCUUCAGUGGCUGGAUAAGAAGCUGUAUGUCCAGGGAGAGAGGUUUGCCUACUGUGCUGCAACAGCCAGCGGGAGGAUAGAGAGGAAAAGCUGCAGUGAUGAGUAUGCAUGGAUCUGUGAGCAACCUCCGAAGAUAAGCAGCGUAUCAGAGAGCCUCUUUCCUUUGCUGGUCAAAGGGUGAUAGUAGAACUCCCUCUCCACUGCAGGACUUGGAGAAAGAAGCUGGGGAUAGAAAAGAAAGACAGCCUUCCCCUUGUGCAUGGCUCCAUGCUUGUCCCCUGCCAUGCUCCAGGGAAGUAGAUGGGAAAAGAGAGAGCUGGUGUUUUAAACCUUGCCUUUCUGUGUCUCACACUCAUGCCCAUGCUUGAUACUUGGCAAUAAACUCAGGGCCUUCAGCAGUUAA